AUGAAUCGGCGUAAACGCGUUAUACCAAGUUAGUCCUGUGAAAAGCAUUUUGCAAGAUCAAAAAAUAUGGCAAUAUUUCUUGUUACGUUGACAAGUGUACUGUCAGUAGUGUAAUGCUUUCUGAAGUAUUAAAGAGUUGACGUAGAUUCAAGACUAUAUAUAUGUUGGUAGAAUUUAUGCGUGUGGUGUGCGGUAGUCCGGCGACGGCGUCCGUUUGUAGGAAAGAGGAAAGGGAGAAGGAUUCCUUUGUCGGAAUCGAAGAGGACCUUGUGUGUUUGGAAAUCUACAAAGACCAGAGAUCGGUAAAUUUGGUAUCUCUGAGAAUUCAGCGAACCCUACGUGUAUUCUAUUUUCUUUCUCCUUCCCUCAGUUAUCCAUAAACUUAUCUACACCUCAUCGUAGAUUUUUUUCUUUCCUGUAAACUGGAAGAAUAACAGUGGUACAUAAAACGAUUACUCGGCUCCCUCCCUCGGGAGCUUCUGCGCCUCGGCGCUUAAGCCGUGUUAGGAAGAAAAAGGAAGAAAUUACGGAAGGGGGAAGGUUAAGGGGACGGCAGGAAAGGGAAGACGCGCCGUCCAUCACCAUGAAGCUUGUCGACCACGUGGUGAGAAGCUUCAAGGUGGCCAAGGUCUUCCGAGAGAAUUCUGAUCGUAUAAACAGUAUCGAUUUCUCGCCAAAUGGAGAUACACUUAUCUCCUGCUCGGAGGAUGAUCAAAUCGUAAUAUACGAUUGUGAAAAGGGCACUCAAGUUCGUACAGUUAAUUCGAAGAAAUACGGCGUUGAUUUGAUUCAUUUCACACACGCCAAAAAUACUGCCAUUCAUAGCAGUACCAAAGUAGAUGAUACUAUUCGAUAUUUAAGUUUGCACGACAAUAAGUAUAUCCGAUACUUUCCUGGUCAUACUAAGAAAGUAGUAUCGCUUUGUAUCAGUCCUAUAGAGGAUACUUUUCUUUCUGGAUCUUUGGAUAAGUCCUUGAGGCUUUGGGAUUUACGUUCACCAAAUUGUCAUGGUGUUAUGAAUGUUUCCGGACGUCCAGUUGCCGCAUACGAUCCUGAAGGUUUAAUUUUUGCUGCUGGAGUAAAUUCAGAGAGUAUUAAGCUAUAUGAUUUACGCAGUUUUGAUAAAGGACCUUUUGUGACCUUUAGACUUUCUCAGGAAAAAGAAUGCGAUUGGACUGGCUUAAAAUUCAGCAGAGAUGGUAAGACCAUUCUGAUAUCGACCAAUGGCAGUACAAUUCGCUUGGUGGAUGCUUUCCAUGGUACUCCAUUACAAACUUUUGCUGGUUAUUUGAAUAACAAAGGCAUUGCAAUAGAGGCCAGCUUUAGUCCAGAUUCACAGUUUGUAUUUAGUGGCUCUACAGAUGGUAGAGUACAUGUAUGGAACGCAGAAACUGGAUAUAAGGUAUGUGUUCUUAAUGGAGAUCACCCUGCACCAGUUCAGUGUAUUCAAUUCAACCCAAAGUAUAUGAUGUUGGCAUCUGCAUGUACCAAUAUGGCUUUCUGGUUACCAACAGUUGAUGAAAGUGCAUAAGACUAAUCAGACCAAUGUAGGGCGAUGCUCUCAGAAAUUUAUUUAUUAUUGGUAUGGAAAUAAGCUGAGAACUACAGCAAACAGAAAGAAAUGGCGGUGUAAAGCUCCUGGGUAUAUUGAUUGAAAGAAUAUCGCAUCUAUAAUAUAUACAAGAUGAAAGAGCCGACGUAUGAGACGCCGGUACCGGUACGAACCCAAGGAGCCAAAGGAUCGUCAAAGGACAAGAAAGAUCACCAUUACAUGAUAAUCAUGGUUUUGGUACUUGCACUUGUCUACUGCAAAAUGGCACGUUUGGAGUACGUUAUACUCUUUCUAUGUAUGUCGUCGUUGUCUUCGUCGUCUUCAUCGUCAUGCAUCCUAUGGCGCGAUGAACGCGACCAUUAUAAUACAUACCUUGUCACUGUCUAAACUUGUGACAUACCAUCACUUCUAUAACAUCUUAAAGUAUAUUAAAUACUGCUAGUAUUCGGAUGUGUCGUCUUGUGUACAUAGUUUCUUUCCACGUACCUGUGUGUAGUAUAAUGGAUAAAGAACAACUUAUAUACUGGAAAAAAUCUCCUGUGACUGUGAAUUUUGUUAACUCACGAACAGUUAAAAUAUUUCAGCGUAUUUGCUUUUCUUCCACUUUGUCUGAUUUAUAUAUAAGGAGAAUCACAAAGAAGAGUUUUUAUUAUGUAUUGACAAUAUUAAAAUCAAGGCAAUACAUUUUUUAUGCAUCAAUUCAAACAAGAAGGUACGUUUAACAUUUUUGUACCAUGGUAUAAAUGAUAUCUUUGAAUAAAAUUUUUCAAGCAGCAAAGAAUAAUUUGCUUACAAUUUUCUAAACAAUUUUAAUUCACAAAUAAAUCUGAUAUUUGUUUUAAAUUUUGAUUGCAUCGAUGCUAUGAAAAAUGUUAACAAAUUUCGAAAAUUUGACUACACACAUAUUAUUGUUAAUCCUGUUUGUAUAGAAACAGACUCAAUAUACAUGUACAUCCACACAGAUACAAAGAAUCAUAAAUGAGCAUUCAAUUACACCUGGUUGAUUCUUAGAAUUUGAACUCUUUCAUUACUUCAUUCAUUUAUACUUUUGUUUAAUCCAUUUAUUCUCAUGUACGACCGUCCGAAAACCAAAGGUGUUUGAUCAUCAUUUAUUGAAUACUAUUAAAAGUAUAUUAAUACAAUGAUACAUACACGAAACAUACGAUGUUAUAAUAAGCGAAAAGAAGGUAGUCAUCGAGCUUAUUUAUUAUAUACGAUAAGCACACGAUCGCUCAUCUACGUUUUCUUUGACAGCGUUAAGCAUUUCAGGUUAUUACAAAUUUUUGUAUGAUAAAGUUUAUACCAUAUCUUGGUCUUGCACGACUGCCACAAAUACUUGCGUUAUUAUGCGUUAUCAUAACUACGAUAUAUCAUCAUCAAUUUGCAUACGUGAAACCGGCGGGCCGGAAUGAAAAAUUAAUCAAUAUUCGUAGUGAACGCAGUAAGGAAAACGUCUAAUCAUAAUCCAGUUAUUCUUGAGUUUGACCAGAUCCUCCCUCCUAGUCUGCCUCGAAGUGCAUACGAAUAGACAGGCUUGCUUUUUCAGAAUUUGCAUUGUAAAAAUUUCAAGAUUACUAGGCUAUGUUGUAAAAGAAAAAGAACAAGAAAGAAAAAACAAAACAGAAAAGAAAACUUUUGCAUUACCGUCGAAUGUUACACACUUACACAAGCAUUCUUUGAACUUUGAUCGCAUUUGAUUCUUUGAACUUUAGCUCGAUGGUUAGUUGUACUUUCACACAUAUUUUCGAAUACAUUUAAAUUGAAAGGAAGCACCAUUUUUUGUUUGCGCUAUCUUACAUAUGUACACAAAAACGAUUAUUAGCCUGCCUAUUUAUCCUAGUACACCACCGUGAGAUUUUCAUUUCUUGAUCCUAAAGCUGCUUUGAUGCUUAGCGAAAGAAAAGGAAAAAGAUAGAAAGAAAAGAAAAGAAAAAAAACAACAAGAAAUACGAGGUGCAUUAGCCUAUAAAGAUAACCUAAAAUGUGAUUUAGUUAUUUCCAAAAUUUAUGUUUUUAUGAUAUGUACGUAAAGAGGAUUCUAUAAAAAACUAGAUUAAAAAAAAAAGGAAAAAAAAAAGAAAAAAGGAACUGUACAGUACUACGAUUGAUAGAUAUUUGUUUUUGUAAACUGGUAUAUUUAUAAUUUACUGUUUUCUUUGUUUUUGUUUGUCUUUUUUUUUUUUUUUUUUUUAAUCUAUUAUAAUUAUAAAAUCAACAUUUUUCUAUGUUGCUAGGAUACUUUGCUUCUUGGGUUCCCAAGUGAAAAAGUUUCGCAAUAGGCACGACCGAUACAAUUUAUGUUAAUGACCAAUAUUAUUUUAAAUAUACCUUUACGAUUGUUA